AUGGGAGAUUCGGAAAUUCAAAAGCCAGUCUUAAGGUCGCCCGAUUCAUUGCCGAGAGGUUUGGUGCUUUCGAAGGCAUUCUCAGGGAUUUCCCUGAUUGAAGCAGUCAAGGAUAAAGUGCAUCACGGUUCAAUCGUAGUAUGCGAAGGUGGCACAGCCGAAUUGGUCUGUCCUCGUGGUAUGGUCAUCUCAAUAGCGCUGGCAAACUAUGGCCGAUAUUCGGCUCGUGUUUGCUACGAGAACGAGGAACUGGACGAUGUGGUGCCGAUGACUCAAUGCCAUAACCCAAGGACGAUGCCGACCCUCAAAAAAAGCCCCAUCGAUGUUCGUGUUUUCAUAGGGAUGAAAGAAACUGUCGAAGGUUCCGUUGAAGCAGCUGAUCGGGCCAGAUGGCGCGUCUUUUUGGUGGAUGACUGCGAGUUCUUUGUUCAAAUAGCUCCAGUGGAAUUCGACGAUGAUUGGUUCAUGACUUGGGAGGAACUUACAGGGACCAAUCUAAAUCUGUAG